UAUUUAAAAAAAUUGAAUAAAUUAUAAAAUUUUUAUCAUCAUAAAUAAUAAUCAAAAAAAUUAAAAUAAAAAAAAGAAAUAUUUAAUGUAUAAAGCAAAAAGCAUACAAGAAAAAAAUUAAAAAAAAGUGUUCAACGAGCUGUUUGUUGAUUGAUUAGUUGCAAUUUGUUGCUAUAUAUAAAAUAGUGUUUGUGUGUUGAUUUAUGUAUUCAAUUUACAUAUAUGAGUGUGCAUUGUAAAUUACAUUUUCGCCAUCAUUUUAUUUUGGAAUAAAGGUAUAUAUAUUUGGAAUACGCAAAACAAAAAGCAAAAACAACAACGAGUGGAAAAUAAAAGUGCGUUAUCUGGUUUUGGCUGAGGAAAAAAGCGAGAUCGAAGAAGACAUUAAAGGAUAAUUAAUCAAAACGUUGCUGAAGUCAUAUAUAAGAGUGGGACAGCUGUGAUUCGAUGAAAUAGAAGAACAUGUUCCUUUAGAAAUGGCAAAAAUUUCACGACGUUCAGUUGCGUCAAAUUCCUCACCCGCCGAUAGUAAUGCAAAUAGUAUUGCAUCGCCAACCAACGACAACAGUGCUAACAACAACAUCAACAACAAAUCAACCAACUCCAAACCGAAAUCAUUGUCAACGAAUUACUCAUCAUCUAUCAGCCAUAACCACGUCAACAGUGAUAUUCCAUCAUCAUUAUCAAAAACAACAAUUCAUACAUCACAAACUGUAUCUUCAGAAAUUACAUCACAACAACAACAAGAACAAGAACAUGACACAUCAUUUCCAGAUCCAUUACGUUCAAAUGGCAGUCAAUUUACUACGCGUACAAUUCCUAAUGGCCAUCAUAACAAUAACAGUUAUCGCUAUACGUCGGCUACUCAACAAGUCAGUUCACAAAGUUCCAGUAGAGGCGCUGCUGCUGAUAAGACUUACACCAAUAAUCGCAUUAGUACAACACCAUUACCGUCAUCUACAACGACUUCAUUGGCAGGACAUCCAUCAAUUAUCAUUCCCUAUUCGAAUUUUAGCGACCACCACAAUAUUACUCAGGCGCAAAUUUUGGCAGCCGAACGGGAGCGUAUUCGGGCAGAGUUCUUUGCUACCUAUGAUGUCAUGACAGGGGUUCGGAUAGCAGCGACUUUGGGUGGAUUCUUUAGUUUGAUGGUAUUUUUAAUUGUCUGGAAGAGUCGAAGUCAUACCGAUGAAACACUUCGGGUUUUAAAAGAUCCAAAAAUUGCCGCUGUAGCAGCAGCUUGUAUGCAAGAAGAAGAAGAACGCAAAAUACAAGAAGCAAUGGAAGCAACUGGCAUGUCGAUAUAUCCAGAUGAAUACGACGCAAUUCUUUAUCGCAGACAACGAAUGUUAUCCUUGGGUAAUGUGAGUGCACCUCCAGUUUUGCAUCGUGGCUAUCGGUUCUCUUCAGUUGGUGGUGGCGGUUACAGCAGCCUUUUGGAACCCCCAAGACGGUAUUCAUAUUCAUAUGGUGGCGGUAGACGUAAAAGUGGUUCUGAAUCAUCCAGAAUACUAACCAACUAUCCGAUGGGCAGUAGUUUUGGUACUGACGACUAUUUUAUGGAGACCGACGAUGAAUUAGAAAAUCCUGAAUUUGAAGAAAGUCACCGCAGAACCGAUUCAGUUAAACGGCAUGGCUUCCUAGAAGUACCAAAUGGAGCAGCAGAAUCACGCCGAAGCAGUGCCAUGACUUGCUGCAGCACUGAAAGUUCAUACCUCGAACGACGUUGUUCAGCGUUAACUCUAGGUUUGGGCAAUCUGCCACCAUCAUUGCGACGUAAACUAUCCACAGCAUCACGCACAUCUAGUAACGACAUGUGGGACUAUUAUUAUCCAGAUAUCCAAGUGAUUCAACCAACACCAAGUGCUUCCCCUUGUCCGAGCGGCGAACGAAUAAUCAACGAUCAGGCAACAUCGUCUAGUCAUCCAACUACAGAGGCUAGCGCUGCCUCCAUCAUAAAGACUGCAAUUAGUAGUUCAACAACAGCUGCCACUAAUCAACAAAAACCAAUUACAACUACACAAGCAGCAUCAGCAGCUUCGUCUGCUAUAGCUCCACAUUUUGUACGAAAACAAAGUAUAGCCUAUUAUGAUCCUGAAAGUGCGCAGUCAGGUCGCCAGCAGCAUAUUCAUUCAAUAAGCGCUGAUACCGCUGACAUUCUCCCAUAUCCCAUGACAGCCAAAGUUGUUCAAUUACACGAGAAAUACGAUGAUUCUAGCGAGCUUAAAUUAGUUGUCCGACGAAAAAUAUCAGCGCCGCUAGAGGGCACCACCACCACCACCAAUGGCCGUUUAAUUGACAACAACAAUAGUUACACGUAUUCGAAUGAAUUUGCUGCCACUGCAACUGGUAAUAAUGGAGGAAAUAAUAGCAUAGGUAGUUUGGGCAGUGCAGCAGAUCUAUCAAAAAAUAUUACAGCUAAUACUGCAGCUGCUGGAGCUGGGCCCAAACGAGCACCACUUGCCUCUUUAAGUUCCUUUAAAAUCUCCUCAAUAGAGUAUCAGGACUCAGAGAUGCGAAGCCUUGAUGAAGAUUCAGUGUUUCUAGAUAGCAUAGCCGAUACCGACGAAGACAUGGAGCAAUUUAGCACUGAUAGUGAUGAGAUAAGUCUUGAAGACGAUGUAAUCGAAGAUGGGUCAACGAAAGUACCAACCAGCAAUACCGUAGCUAGUCCUAUAUCAAAUAUAUCCACGUCGCACAAUCACGACGAUCUGCAUUCGGUUAAAAGUGUUCCACCUAAUAUGUCACAAUACUCCACCGACAUUAGGAGAGCGGUUAGCAAUGUUAGUUCUUUCAAGCGUCCCGCCCGACGACCAAUAUUGGAACGCCAUAAGAGCAUUUCAAUAGCAACUUCCACUGAGAAAAUCUCUCUUAUCGGUCACCAAAUGAAAGAUUUCUCUCAGCAGCAAUCAUCGUUCGAUUCCGAGAAUCGUGCACCGCCACCACUAGAAACCCAUUUCACCAUCCUGCCACGUCAGGAUACAACCGAGUCGACGCCAUCAUCACAGAGACGACUCCUCAUGAAGCCACAACUUCAGCAACAAAUUAGUGCUGAACAGACUACAGAAGAAACUACAACCAAUACCACCACAACAACCGCUGAAACCUGUUCAACUUUCAAUACGGAAAUUCCACAGGGCCAACAGUUCUAUGGUGGUCCUGAUGAAAUUGUCGCAUCAUCAAAUCAACAUUCACUUCUGCCACUAAUUACGAUGCCUGCAUCGCUCAAAAAUUUGAUUCGUCAAAACAGUCCUCCGGCUUGUUCGUCGGUGAUUUUAGAACUGCCUUUGAUCAAACUUCCAACAACAGACGAAAGCAGCGACAAUAGUUACGUAGACAACAACGAUGACGACGACAAAAGUCGCAGCAAAAGCGACGAGUCGCGAGAUCCAAGUUUACCGGGCUCCUCUCGCAAAUGGUCCAGAGAAACUUUGUUCUAGCUAGACGUUAAAUUACAUUUAAUCAUUUUAGGUACCUAAUCAAAAAAUAAAUCACAUACGAAUUUGGUAAAUUAUUAUGAAUCAUUACAGUCAUAUUAUUUUGUUUUUAUUGAUGAAUGUAAGAUGUCAUCAUCAGAAAUAAAAUUGUCGUCGCCAUAACUGUUGUUGUUCAUGUUGCUUAUGUUAUUGUUGUUGACACGGAGUUUACUCAUCGAUUAGUUUAUAAGUCUGAAUAUUUAAAAAAACAAAAAAUGAAAAACGUGUUAGAGACUGUUUUCUGUUAUGUUUUUUGUUUUUCUUUUAUGUUCUAGGAUUUUAAAAAAAUUGUAAACUGUACAUACAUUAUACAUACACACAUCAUCAUGGUGUAAGAUUGUUAUACAAGAAAACUUGUGUGUGUUACAAAAAUCAAAAUACAAAAAAUUAUUCCAGAAAUGUAUGUGUUUUUCAAAAAACAAGAAAAA